CGUGGAUCCCACUCUUUCUCUAAACAAGGAGGUGUUCAAAAAAUCGCACAAUGAUAGCAGGCACCAGUCGUCGUUUCAUUCUGGUGCUUGUCACCAUCGUUGGCUUCUUGACCCUGUCGCUCGUCUUCAAAUUUCAGAACCAACCGCAACAAUUAACGCGAACUGGCAAUGUCGGGAAACUCACUGCUACGGACCAUGUGGUCGAACCCUCUUCCCUCACCGGCGACGCCAUCAUGCCUUUUCUCGGAAAUGAAACGGUAAAGGCUGAGCUAGGGAGGGCCUCUUGGAAGCUCUUCCAUACCAUAUUUGCACGAUUUCCGGAAAAGCCAACUCCAGACGAGAGUGCCGCCCUCGAGGCUUAUAUUCGCCUCUUUGCGAGACUAUAUCCUUGUGGGGAAUGCGCUCGUCACUUCCGCAAACUUUUGGAACAGUUCCCGCCGCAAACAUCCUCGCGAAAUUCUGCAGCCGCAUGGGGCUGCAGCGUGCACAAUGAAGUCAAUAAACGUUUGAAGAAAGAAUUAUUUGACUGCUCCAACCUUGGCGACUUUUACGACUGUGGAUGUGGCGAGGACGAGGAAGGCGAGGGAAAGCCUGCCGAUAAAAGCGGGACGGGAAAUCUAGAGAAGAGCACAGAUCACAAAAGCGACCUCAAAGGCACACCUGAAAAGGAGGCGGAUCUAGAGUACAACAAAUCGGCAACGCCGCUUCAUCUGGAAAAGGAAGGCUUGACUCCUGGUGGAUAAUCUCCUCAAAAGAAAGAUUGAAUGCUUUUUCAAUUCGAAUUAAAACCCCUGGUAGGGCUCUUUGGCGUCUGGAAGAUGGAGUCGUGGUUUUGCCUGCUGGCGCGGAAACACUUUGUUUAUCCGGCUAUUGUGGACGGAC